AUGAAGAAAUACCUGUUGUAUAUGGUUCAAGUUCAUUUGAAUUUUAGAAGGGCAGAGCUAGAAUCAUUAGCAGACCUAUAUAAUCUUUCCAUAGACUUUUCACAGUACAACGCCGAUAGUCCCUUUUUUAUUGUAGAGCUGGAGAAUGAUAAGCAAGCUAAGGACUGGAUCAAAAGGUCAAUUUUAACCAGGGGCAUUUACGAAUACUGGGGGCAGGGCUCAACGCUGGAUGAGUUGCAUAAAGAUAUUCAGCUUCAAUCUAACUUUGAGCAGGAUCUACAAUUGAAAUUUAAACAUUCCACUUUUAAGUUCGAAUUCGAGUGCUAUAAAGGCAAUAGUAAAGCCAAUAGAGUAAAGCAGAUUGAGACUUUCCGUUACCUUGGCUUUGAAGGGAAGAUUGAUAUGAAACAUCCUCAAGAGGUUUUCACUGUUAUAGAAGAGUACACUCCAAUUUCGGAAAACGUUGGUGGCAAGACCCCCACUAGGAUUUUUUUUGGCAGACAGAUUCAAAUGAGCAACAGAAGUGCCAUGGAAAAAUAUGAUUUGAAAAAAAGACCUUACAAAGGUACAACUAGCUUUGAAGCAGAAUUAUCGUUAGUUAGUGCUAAUAUAGCUCAAGUAAAACCGGGAACUAUAAUGUACGACCCGUUUGCAGGUACAGGAUCCUUCUUGGUAGCCGGCGGGCAUUUUGGUUCUUUAGUUAUUGGUUCGGAUAUAGAUGGCAGGAUGAUUCGUGGCAAGGGUGCCCAAGUGAACAUUUCGGCCAACUUCAAAAAGUAUGGUGAAAGUUCUCAAUUUCUCGACGUAUUGACCAUGGACUUUACCAACAAUGCAUUAAGAAACAACCUUGUCAUUGAUACAAUAUUAUGUGAUCCUCCGUAUGGUAUCAGAGAAAGCAUUAAAGUCCUAGGUGCUAAGGACCCAGAAAGAUUUCUUGGUAAGGAAGAUGUGGAAAUUGACGGUGAAAAGGCGUAUUUACGCCGCGAUUAUAUUCCAACCAAAAAACCAUAUGCUCUAGAUUCAUUACUGGACGAUCUUUUACAAUACUCCUCUAAAAGAUUACCGAUUGGCGGAAGAUUAGCCUUCUGGAUGCCCACUGCAAACGACGCCAACAUUGAAACCAUUGUGCCAAUGCAUGAAAAUCUGGAGCUAAAAUACAAUUGCGUUCAAGAAUUUAAUAAAUGGUCAAGGAGACUGCUGGUUUAUAUCAAUAGGGGUAGCACUUUCAAUGGACCAAGUAACCAUGGAAUGAAACGUUCGAAAGAUAAUUUCAGGGACCGAUAUUUUAAUAACUUCAACUGA